AUGGGUAACGCUGCCACUACUCAGUCGUCUUCUGGAAGGCGUCAACACUUCGCAACGUCAUCGAGUAUUAAUCACUCGUCUGCAAACGCCUAUGGUGGUAAGUUGCUUGUGCUGUUCGAAUACUUUACCAUUCAUCUUGCUGCUGUGAGUUACUUUGUGAGCUUUUCAAUUUCUGUCAUACCCUGA